GCCUCAAGGAGCGAAGAUCGGCGCAUACACGACAGCAUGUUGAGCGGCGUUCACUUCCCCAGACAUCGGGUGGUCGCAUUCGGGCUAGCGUCGCGUGGCGGGCCGAGGUGAGCCUCACUAGCAGCUCAGCUGUGAGCACGACCAGUGACGUUGAGGCCAGGCAAACAACCACGCAAUCCAUAACGAACACACUGUCCUUUCCGAACUUCCGCCACGCAACGUCUUCUCGCACCGCACUGGCGUAGUUUCAACCACAACCCUUCCAAAAGAAGGGUGUCGCGACCAACCCGCAUUCCCCACCAUGGCGGACGAAGUCGACAUCGCGGCGUUGGCUGAAGACCAGCAGCUUGCGCUGCAGCAAUUCACCGCCGUCACGGAUCAAGAGCUGAAAGACGCCGUCCCGCUGCUCCAGCGAUGCCAGUGGAAUGUGCAGAUCGCCAUCGCGCGCUUCUUCGACGGCGAGCCGGCCGAGGACCCCGUCGCCGCUGCUGCUGCCGCUGCUGCUGCCGCUGCCGCCGCCGCGCCGCCUGCAGACACCCGCCGGGCAGAGAACCUCAUGAAUGGCUUCGGAAGCCCGCGGUCAUCCACAAGCGGGCGGCGGGUGCGCGUUGAGCCAGCGCCGCGCGUGGUCCCGCAGCCCGAGAGCCAGGUCAACACGCAGGCCCCGCUCGUCUUCACACUGCUCUGGGCGCCCGUCAGCCUGCUCUACUCGGUGAUAGCGCGCUACUUCCGCUUCAUGGGCUAUCUGUUCCCCUUUGUCCCGCGCGCCUGGGGCCGCCUGACCGCAAGCAACAUCCGCCAGCCGCCGUCGCAGCGCAGCGCAGGGCGCCGGCCACUGAACCCGCGCGACACGGCUGCGCGCUUCAUCCGCGAGUUCGAGGAGGAGUACGGGCCCAACGACCUCCCCUUCCACGACGGCGGCUACGCCUCCGCCUUCGACGUCGCCAAGAAGGACCUCAAAUUCCUCCUCGUCGUGCUCGUCUCCCCCGAGCACGACCUCACCCGCCCCUUCAUCCGCGACACCCUGCUCCACCCCUCCGUCGUCGCCUUCCUGCGCGAUCCCGCAAACAACAUGCUCUUGUGGGCUGGCAGCGUUACCGACGCCGAAGCCUACGCCGUCAGCUCCGCGCUCAACUGCACCAAAUUCCCCUUCAGCGGGCUCAUCGUCCACACCCCCUCCGUCAGCGCCAGCGCCAUGGGCAUCGCCGCCCGCCUCGCCGGCCCCCUGGCCCCGGCCCCCUACCUCGCCAAACUGCGCACCGCCAUGGCCGCCCACGCCACAGCCCUGUCCCGCGUCCGCGCCCAGCGCGCCGAACAGAGCGCCACCCGCAACAUCCGCGAGCAGCAAGACUCCGCCUACGAGCGCAGCCUGGCCACGGACCGCGCCCGCAAGCGCCAAGCACAGGAAGCCGCCGCUGCCGCCGCCGCCGCCGAACAAGCCGCCCGCGCCGCGCAAGACGCCGCCGAGCAACACGCGCGCAAGCUCCUCCAGUGGCGCAAGUGGCGCGCCGCACGCCUGCGCCCGGAGCCCCCCGCCGACGACAAAGAGGCGGUGCGCAUCUCGCUGCGGCUCCCCAGUGCGGAGCGCGUGGUACGCCGCUUCGACGGCGCCGCGGGCAUCGAGGAGCUGUAUGCCUAUGUCGAGUGCCACGAUCUCGUGGCGCCGGGAGACGCAGACGCAGACGCAGACGCUGUCGAUGCGCCCCCCGCCGACUUCGAGCACGUGUACGCGUUCCGCCUCGUCUCGCCGCUGCCGCGCGCGGUGCUGGAUCUCGGUGCGGGCGGGACGGUGCGCGAGCGCGUUGGCCGCAGCGGGAAUCUGAUUGUGGAGCGGGUGGGCGGGGAGGACGAGAGUGAGGACGAGGACGAGGAGGGGUAGGCGGGUACCCGCUGACUGAAGAAAGAGAGGGGGUUCUGACGAUAGGAAAUUGGGCUGGAGAGGGGGUAAUUGGAGACGAUGCAUUGUGGCGUUUGGUCUGCUGUCUUAGCGUGGGGGACUGGGUGUGCUUCUGCUUCUGCUUCUGCGCCUGCUUCUGCUUUGUCGGUCAUGUACUGCUGCAGCACGGCAGGAACGGCGUCUAGUGGGCGAGAGUACAUGGGCGAGAGUUACCGGGCAAGAGUGAUAGGCAAGAGUACUAGGCAAAAGUACUAGGCGAGAGUUACUAGGCAAGAGUACUAGCAAGAGUAUUAAGCAAGAGUACUGGGAAGAGUACUGAACAAUCUCCAUAGACAACUGUGUCCUUAGAACCGACAGGAAGUGGCCGUGAAUGUGAAGCAUUAUUGAUAGCGUAUGG